AUGUCGGGCGAACACUCUCCCGAGUGUCCCAUCAAUCCGACGGGUGAAGAUGACAAGGAGAAGAAUAAGAAUGAUGAUGGAAAACCUGAGAAUGAGAAACAAGAUGAGUCAAGUGGCUCAAAAGGCAAGAAAAAGAAAAACAAGAAUGAUGAUGACGACUCGGAAUCAAGUGAUGAUGAGAUGUCAUAUAGAGAAUGGAAGGCAUGGAAAAAGGAGCAAAAGUUGAAGAGCAAAAAGAAGAAGAAAACUAGCUCCAAGAUCUUGAUUGACUCAAGUGAUGACUCGGACUCCGACCACAAGCAAGGAUCUUUUCGGAAUUCUAGCAAAAAAGAGUUUGACAAGAUAGAGGAUGCACCAACCGCCAAGGAUGCUUGGGACACUCUCCAAGUCAACCACCAAGGCUCAAGAAAAGUUUGUGAGUCAAGAAUCAAGACAUUGGAAGAUGAGCUAAGCCUUUUCUCUAUGAAAAAGGAUGAGAGUGUCAAAGAAAUGUACAACCGGAUGAAGAAGAUCACCAAUCAAAUUAAAUCACUUGGAGGUGAUUAA